AUGUCUUUUCAUCAUAACAUUGAACAUACAGUACUAGAACAAUCUCACUAUUCAGUAUAGUCAUUUCUGCACAGAAUGCCCAAGUUCAUGCUUCUUGUCCGCGCCACCCGCGAUAGCGAGUCUGGCAUUCCACCAUCAACGGAAACGAUCUCGGAGGUGAUGAAAUACAAUAAUGAUCUUUCUAAUGCUGGCAUGUUGCUUAGCGCAGAGGGACUCUUAUCAUCCUCCACUGGAGCUCGGAUUGACUUCACCCCCGAAAACGAAUCAUCAGUGACUGCUGGUCCAUUUCCGUUUGAGUCCAUUAUCUCAGGGUUUUGGAUCAUCAAAGCGAAAGACCUCGAGGACGCAACCAUCUGGGCGCGGAAGGCGCCAUUCCGUGCUGAGGGAAGUGCUAUUGAAGUUCGACAGAUUGCCAGUCCUGAAGACUUUGGUGAGCAGAUGACUGAUGAUCUGAAGAAUAUGGAGGGAGAGCUACGUUGUAAGGCUGAGCAGAGAGCUGCUGGUGGACUGCCUUAAGAGAUAGAAUAAGGAAAUAGGAAUAACGGGGGAUAAGAGUGGCAGCAGGUUUAGUCUGAUAUCGAUGGAUAACGGAUAAGGCGGUUGGUCUUAGAGUUGAGGAUGGCCAUUCCCGAAGAAAUUCAUGUGCUCAUUUUACAAUAAUAUUAUUAUUAUAAAAUUGAGUAUUUACAGCGACAUGGAUUAUAUGUGCCUUAACCAUUAUGAUUUAGUGAGAAGAGUGAACUCAAGUUCAAGCUAUGCAUCCCCUCUUAUCAAAGUAGGACAAAUAUAGUAAUUUAUAUAGGGGUGAUAAUAUUAGAACAGGG